GCAAAUAGGUACUUCUUGCCACAAGCAGCUGACCCAGCAACAUGGACCGAUACAUCUCCGACAAUAGGCAUGGAGAAUAUCGCCAAGUGUUUCGAGGGGCACCAGAGCAAGCAAAGCAGUUUCAGAGGUGGAUCAGAGAGAGUAUUCCAUGGCUGCAUUUCAAUCAUGUUAGGCGCUGGCUGGCUGUUGAGACAAAUGUUAUAUUGUGGAGCGAGGAAGACGGAGAACAUAUUCAAUUCAUCCGAGAGGCCUUAUGUCACAUUGCCAUUGACCUUCAAAGAGAGCACUCCCCUAAUGCAACAAUCAUGCUGCCGGGCUAUGGACAUCCCCUGGAAUGGAUGCCUGCCAGGAAGGAUCGCUUCCCCGUCGCCAUCACAAAUGAGGGACUCGAGUGGACCGCGGAAGCCUUGCUACUCCGAGAGCUAUGCAUGAUCAAAGUGGUCGAAGAAAUCACCAACAAGCCGGACUGGUGGAAAAAUGUUCGCAACGCUCACAUCGCAAAAAGCUGGAAAAGGGAGAUUCUAGCGCUUGACUGGAGCAAGUACAUGAAGUAUGCUGACUUUACUUCUGCUAUGGCUGAACGAUGCAUCGAAGAGCUCAAGCUCAAAGCAGACCUGUAUGAAAAGACGGGACUUAUCCCUGUCUUAGAUUACUCAGCUUGUGUCAUAAAAUCUGACAAAGUCGUGUCCGAUGGACUGAAAAGUGCAUUCACCGGCAUCGCGAGAGAACCCAAAUACGUCAGAAGCUAUAGCUGCUUAUGCGAUGGAGGUAUCAACAUCCACCAAGCUCACGCCUCCCUGUCUCCCCUGGUUUAUGGUCGGUCUCGAAUCCUUCCUAAUAGAACUAUCAAGCGCAUCAAUUGCUUAGAGGCUUGUGGAGAAGGAGAUAUUCUUCCAAGACCUCGCAACACAGGUCUAGAUGUGGAAUACCAAUUUCGCUUGUAUGACGACUCUUACCAGUGGCUCCCUUUUGAUGUUACAGUAAGCAAGAAAGGAAACGCUAGAAUUGACGGCUAUAUUAACAACUUGCAUCCUGUCAAAAACAAAAGACUCGUGUUGUUGGGAUCCAAGACUCGAUAGAUAUUAUGAUUGAUUGAUUGAGCUGGUGGAUUUAGUUAAAUGAUU